CAGAACUUUAGGCUCAUUUUACAUGUCUGCUCACACAAUUAAUAUCAUGGUUGAGUUCUCCAACACUGUAAAACUAGAGAGAUGCCCACUUACAGCCAUGUGUCAGGUGGGGGAGGGUAUUUAUUACUCUGCCUUUAGCUGAAUAAGAGGCACGGAGUCAUUUUAUGAGUAUUUAGGGGAAAACAGUUUCCUCUGGCCUCACAGAACGUAACUGUUUGGUUUUUUGUUUUCGUUUUUGUUCCUAUCUCUAAUAUAAUUCUUCGAACUAUGAAAUCCCAGAAGACGUGGUCCCAAGGAGGAGAGUCCUUCUAGGUUUGAGUUCAUUCAUUUCCAAGCGGCCCGUCCAGCUCCCGGACCGCUUCAACACCUAGAGAAAUCCGCUUCCUCUGAGCCAAAGUCGGCCUCCCCGGCGACUGCAUCCCCGCCGCCGCCGCCCCACUGGUCGGUGCCGAGACGUCGAGGCCAGUCACCUCCUCCUCCUCCUCCUCCAGCCAGGCGGACCGCGCCAGUCCACUUCGGUGGGGGCGACACCCAAGCCCGCAGGCCACACGCCCCGCGUGUGCGGCGCCUUUAUUUACUUCGCUCAGGAGCCAUCAGCCCCCCUCCUAACAAGUCUGGAAAGCAUUUCGGUGACGCGAUGUUGGGGACACUGGUCUGGAUGCUCGCGGUCGGCUUCCUGCUGGCCCUGGCGCCGGGCCGCGCGGCGGGCGCGCUGAGGACCGGGAGGCGUCCGGGGCGGCCGCGGGACUGCGCCGACCGGCCCGAGGAGCUCCUGGAGCAGCUGUACGGGCGGCUGGCGGCCGGGGUGCUCAGCGCCUUCCACCACACGCUGCAGCUCGGGCCGCGCGAGCAGGCGCGCAACGCCAGCUGCCCCGCCGGGGGCAGGCCCGCCGACCGCCGCUUCCGGCCGCCCACCAACCUGCGCAGCGUCUCGCCCUGGGCGUACAGGAUUUCCUACGACCCAGCUCGCUUCCCGAGGUACCUGCCUGAGGCCUACUGCCUGUGCCGUGGCUGCCUGACCGGGCUCUUCGGUGAGGAGGACCUCCGCUUCCGCAGCGCACCUGUCUACUCCCCGGCCGUAGUGCUGCGCCGCACGGCGGCCUGCGCGGGCGGCCGCUCAGUGUACGCCGAACACUACGUCACCAUCCCGGUGGGCUGCACCUGCGUGCCCGAGCCGGACCAGGCCUCGGACAGCGCCAGCUCCAGCAUGGACAAGCCAGGAGCCAAGCUGCUGCUCGGGCCCAACGACAGGCCAGCAGGGCGCUGAUGCCGGGGACUGGCCGCCACCAUCAGCUCCCUUCGAGCCUCUGUUCCCCCAGCCUAACCCCUCCCCCACCCCGCCCACUUUUUCCGAAGGGACAACUACAUAAGCUUUAAAUAUAUUUGUAUUUUUCAAAGCAGACACUACAUACCUAAGGCUAUUUUGAAUAGAGGCAGAAACUAUUUUCCUAUUAGUAAUUUAGAGCAAGCCUGUUAUUUUUAAAACUUCCUUGACAUACACGCAAAUUAUAAACAUCUGUUUUCCUCUAAUACGAUUCUUGAGCAGAUAAUUGUGGUGCUCAGAUGGACUUCUUUUUAGCUGACACUGUCCCCUGUCUCUGAGUUCAGCCUGCUGCCAAGGCUCACCAAGGUGAAAUGGAUGUGCCGAAUCUGUGGAGGCCUCUCAGGUCCGCGCAGAGAGAGGGAUUUUGAGGGGAUUUGAGGGGCCUCCGGGUUCCGGAAAACUCUCUUUGUUCUUUACCAUAUGGAUGGUCUCAACUUUAUGACAACUUAGGCUUUUUUUUUUUUUUUUUUUUUUUUUGCCGUUUUUCUUCGCCACUGGCCUCAAUUUAUGGCAGGAGGUGGAAUGUGGCAUUUUAGCCAGUUCUCAGGGAGCUUCAAGUACACAUGGGCUUAGUUUUAUGGGCUUUUGGAUCAGCCAAGCCUGCAGAGCAAGAAGGAGGGCCGUCUCCAGAGUGUGGAGACCUUCCUCUGGGAAUUACAUCUGAGUGUGAAGUCUGUCCCUGAACACAUUUGUAAAGGUUUUUUUUCAGUCACUAAAACGGUGGUAGCUGAA